GCUAGAAUAAGGUAGAUCAGAUCCGUAAUAUCCCUCCCCCUGGUGGUAUGACACUUUCAGAUGUCUCCAAUAUCUCACCGAGCACCAUGUGAUACUGUCAAAGAGUUUGUGCUGGCAACGGCACGGCUGUCCUGCUAUUCCUCUACAUUUAUACAGACCUUAUCUUGUCCACUCUCUGUAGGUUUUGUGAUACUAGUUUCAAAGCACAAGUGGCAACCACAUUAGGCAAUCCUUCCCGCAUCCCCCGUAGUCGCAACUGUUAAAGUAGUUGCCCCACUUCGCCGUUUCCCACUUCACCCCUCCUCGACGAAGCUUAGCAAGCAUAACUCAGAGUCGUUCACAUUGCUGGAAACACCACCUUAAUCGAACACAACGGGUUGACCAAAAGAACCAAAAGAACCAAGUGUCCAAAUUCUGAGUCGCAUAACGGUCGGCGACCAAGAUCUGUCGCCUGACUUUACCGAGGAAGAUCUACGGAACAUGGCAGCCCUCAAGUUUGCGACGUUCUCUUCAGAGAUCGAACUGCCCUUCUAUUCGGCCUUGUUUGCUUCAAAGCUCGAACACGACAAGCUGAGCGACUCUGCACGACCGGUUCUUGGGGUUUAUCAGCCGCGGCCGGGCGCAGCUCCAGAUGAUAGUGUCAAGAUGCAGGUACUGGCUAACGCCCUUACCAGCCGACAGGUGCCUGCGAACGCUGUUAGAGGUGAAGGUACAAUUAGGAACAUGAACACUUUGGACGCUUUUAAGAAUGCGGACAGGAAUGAAAUGCUCCGAACUGCUGCUCGAACAAUUUGGGAGGCGAUUAAAGAUGGCACCAUCUACGAAAUCCCUUCUCUUCUCUCCCAUUUCAUCCUAUUCUCGUAUGCCGACCUCAAGAAAUACCGAAUGACCUAUUGGUUCUGUUUCGCAACAUUACAUUCUGAUCCGCAAUGGAAACGCACCGGCGAAAUCGGCCGUCUUACCGCCUCCGAGAGUACAGAUUUGGUCGACCGAGUAGGAACAUGGCGAUACAGCGUGGACGAUAGGCAGUAUGGAUUCUUCCUCGCCAAGAAGCUGCGCGGCAAAGAAGCAGAGAUGGCGAGCUCCUCGUUGGACAUGCCCAGUGAAGAAGAUACUGGCUUCAGGUGGGAUGUUGGAUCGCUCCGAGAUUUUGAAACCGGCUUCUUCGAUGGCGUGCCUGAUGAGGACAGAUACGUGGCAUUCGUAGACCCUUCAACGUACGAGGAGCAUCCUGCCUGGCCUCUAAGGAAUCUGCUCGUUCUCGUGAGACAGCGAUUUCAUCUCACCAAAGUGCAGGUUCUAUGCUACCGAGAGAUACAGGCGCGCAGACAUGAGGCGCGUAGCAUCAUCCUACCGCUUUCAAUUGACCCCGUAGACAACCUCGAAACAUCAGAGAUGCCCAAGGUUGUUGGCUGGGAACGGAACCCUGCAGGCAAGCUCUCCCCAAGAUCUGUCAGCCUAGCAGAGUCCAUGGACCCGGCGCGCAUAGCAGACCAGUCAGUGGAUCUGAACUUGAAGUUGAUGAAAUGGCGAAUCGCACCGGACCUCAAUCUUGAAGCCAUCAAGGACACGAAGUGCCUGCUCCUAGGUGCCGGUACACUUGGCAGCUACGUGUCUAGAAAUUUGAUGGGGUGGGGGGUACGCAAAAUCACAUUCGUGGAUUAUGGGGCAGUAUCCUUCUCGAACCCGGUGAGGCAGCCACUCUUCACAUACAAGGAUUGCUUGAAUGGAGGUGCGCCAAAGGCUACGCAAGCUGCGCAGGCACUUAAGGAGAUAUUUCCGGGAGUUGAGAGCGAGGGUCACGUCCUAUCAGUGCCCAUGCUCGGACACCCAGUCUCGGAUAAGACACAAGCCGAUUUCGAGAGACUCAAAGCGCUGAUUGACGACCACGACGCUAUAUUCCUCCUCAUGGACAGUCGAGAAUCAAGGUGGCUGCCCACGGUCAUGGGUAAGGCAGCAGGCAAGAUCGUCAUGAAUGCCGCACUUGGUUUCGAUACGUACGUCGUCAUGAGACAUGGAGUAGAACCCACGGAUAGCAGUGAGAAAACCCUGGGUUGCUAUUUCUGCAACGAUGUGUUCGCACCGGGCGAUUCACAGAAAGACUUGACACUUGACCAGCAAUGUACGGUCACACGGCCCGGCAUAGCUGCUAUUGCAUCUGCACUGAUUGUCGAGCUCCUAGUGAGCCUACUGCAACACCCUCUCAAAGCGCAUGCCCCAGCACCAGUGGCUACUGGCAAGUCCGGCGCAUCCUACGAGAGGGAUCCACCCGACCAUGCUCUAGGCUUAGUGCCCCAUCAAGUCCGUGGCUUCCUGGCCGAAUUCAGGAACAUCAUAAUCAAGGGUGAAUCAUACUCAUCCUGUAGUGCCUGCAGCAACCCGAUUCUUUCGGCGUACAAAUCAGACGGGUGGACCUUCUUGCAGCGUGCGCUUGAGGACAAAGAAUAUGUCACUGAACUCAGUGGCCUGGCUGAAGUCCGGCGGCAAGGUGAUGCUCGAGACGAUGAAAUGGACUGGGACGAAGAAGAAGAGGGCGAGAACGGUGGCGAUGAUGAGGCGGUAAUCAUUUAGGAGUUCAUGAAUUGCCUUUCUCAUUUUUCGGCCACGCUAGCUACAUCAUCGAACGGGAGACGAGGUUCCUUGAAUGAGGGCAGUAUCAAAGCAUUUAGUUGUGAGCGCAGGUGGAACGGUGGAGUUUGGAAGGGAAAAGGCGUGUCUAGGGGUUGAUUUGGGUGAUUGGUCGGUGGAGCUUGAGAUUUCCUGCUCGAGGUGUUCUCUUCUCUCGAAUAGCAUCAGGGGUUAGUGGUGUUAGGUUGUAGGGUUUUCUGCGUACUUGGGCAUAUAUGGCAGUAGACGAUAAGAUAGAUGAUGAACAUUUGGUAUCUCUUGGUCUCAUCGCACAAUGCGGCCAGCUUUCAACAAUCGGCGUAUCAUGACGUUCAGGGUAGCAGGUCAACCGAGCACACUCUGGAAUUGGAAUUGUCUAGGCGUAUUAGAAAGGGCC